UUGGGCGGAUGUGGGCUGUGUCUUCCUUUUCCUGGUCCGGCUUCUCCUCCAAACGCGGCUUCUUGAGGAACUCGUGCCUUUUGUUUUUCUUUCUGGGAGGAUUUUGGAGGAAAAAGAGAAACGCCUGAGGCGGAGUUCUUGGGUUUAGAGGGAAGAAGUUUUCCAGGCAGUAAGCUCCAGGCAGAUGUUUAGACUGCCGCAGUAGAUUCUAGCAUUUUCCACGAUUUCAGGCUAGUAUUGUCCGAGGAUGAAAAUGGAGACCCAAGAAGACCUUGCAAGUCUUAUACAAGGCCAGGUGUCAUGGGAAGUGAGAGGGAGCUGCCAUGUAGGGACGACGGAGGCAUUUCUGCCAAUGAGACCAUCGGAGGUGAAACAGGAGCCUGAUCAAGACUCACUUCAGCGGUGGGAAACCCAAUGGCAGGAGUUCCUGAAGAGCAUGGAAGGCCCUCACCCAAACUGGGGCACCUCUCAGUCGAGGGAGGAGCCGUGGGAUGACGCCAAAGCCUUCCUGGCCUCCUUUGAGCAAGUGGCCCAAGCCUGCCGGUGGCCCAAGGAAGAGUGGGUGCCCCGGCUCCUGCCAGCAUUGAGCGGAGAGGCCAAGUGGGCCUUCACCGGCCUGGAGGCCGAAGGCAGGGAGGAUUAUUGGAAAGUGAAGGCCGCCAUCUUGCACAGAGAUGCCAUGCGGCGGGAGGAGCAGCGGCAGUGUUUCCGGCGUUUUCGCUACCGGGAGGCCGAGGGGCCGAGAGGGGCUUACGGGCAGCUUCAGGAACUGUGUUGCCGGUGGCUGAAAGCUGAAAGGCAUUCAAAGGAGCAGAUCCUGGAGCUGCUGGUCUUGGAGCAGUUCUUGGCUGUCCUGCCUCCAGAGAUAGAGGCCUGGGUCAAGGAAUGUGGUCCAGAGACUUGCUCCCAGGCGGUGGCCUUGGCGGAAGACUUCCUCCUGAGGCAGCGACAGCGAGAGUCCAGAUGUCAGGCAAGCCAGGUGCUGUUAAAGGAAGAGGAGACGGUGGGUUCCCCUGAAGGUGGCCAAGCCCUGCCUGAGACGGAGCAGAAGGAGUUUAGUGUGGAGACCAAAGAGGAAGAUGAUGAUGGGGAUACUGGACACUUGGGCGAUGAAAGGAAAAGUGAGAAUGAGAGGCAACCAGGUGAGGAUUCUUCAGAAAGAACAGAGUGUGAAGCAUUGAAGGAGAAUUUUUGGAGCCAAGAUAGGGUUGCGAGCCAAGAUAGGGUUGCGAGCCAAGAUGGAAGCCACACGAAAGAGCCAGAAGCCAAAUCCUUCCCCUUUCAGGUGGGAGACUCCCACGAAAUCUUAAUCCAGCAGGAAAGCGAGGAAGAAAAAAAGGGGACCGCUUUCUCCAGUGUUCUUAGUAGACUUCACCCUGAGAAUGAAUCAGAUUUAAUGUUUGCCAAUACAUUAAAUCAGAAUGGAAACCUCACUGAAUGUGAAACGCUUUAUGAAGAGACAAGUUCCAACAUAUACCUGAAUCAAAGUAUUCCUGCAGAUGAGAGACAGUGUAUGAAUUCGGAUCUUGGUAAGAUUAACCAUCCAGGGAUCCCAAAAGGGAAGAAGCUGUUUAAACAUUUGGAGAGCGGGAAAUGCUUUGGUCAGAAGGCCAACCUCAUGUCACACCAAAAGAUUCAUACUGGGGAGAAGUCCUAUAAAUGUACAGAAUGCAAUAUGAAUUUCAGUGACCAGACCACCUUUCUCAGACAUAAGAGACACCACACCAGAGAGAAGCCGUAUCAGUGCUUGGAGUGUGGGAAAUGCUUUGGUCUGAAGGGCAGCCUCACGUCACACCAGAAGAUUCACACUGGGGAGAAGCCGUAUCAGUGCUUGGAGUGUGGGAAAUGCUUUGGUUGGAGUUACUCUCUCAAGUCACACCAGAAGAUUCACACUGGGGAGAAGCGUUAUAAAUGUACAGAAUGCAAUAAGAGUUUUGGUGACCGGUCCAGCUUUGUCAGACAUAAGAGAAUCCACACCAAAGAGAAGCCGUAUGAGUGCUUGGAGUGUGGGAAAUGCUUUGGUCAGAAGGGCAACCUCACGUCACACCAGAAUAUUCACACUGGGGAGAAGCCGUAUCAGUGUUUGGAGUGUGGGAAAUGCUUUGCUCAGUGUGCCACCCUCAAGAAACACCAGAAGAUUCACAUUGCAGAGAAGCCGCAUCAGUGCUUGGAGUGUGGGAAAUGCUUUGGUCAGAGGACCCAUCUCCAGUCACACCAGAAGAUUCACAACUGGGUAGAAGCCCUAUAAAUGUACAGAGUGUGGAAAGAGGUACAGUGACUGGUCCACCUUUGUCAGACAUCAGAGAAUCCACAACAGAGGGAAACCGUACUCCUAAUCAGACUACGGGAAGGGCUUUAGCGAAACUACUAGUCUGACCUUACGUCAGAGAAUCCAUGGAGAGAAAAGAUGCCGCGCAAAAAUCAGCAUUUGCUGAAUGCUGGCAUGGCUGUGUUAGUCUUUUCACCGAAUGGAACGGACAAUCUUAUGGCAUCUUAAAAAGUAAUACCCUAUACCAGGCAUCCUCAGACUUUUAAAGCAGAGGGCCAGUUCACGGUCCCACAGACGGUUGGGAGGCUGCAUUGUACUUUGAAGAAAUAAUGAUCAAAUUCCUAUGUACACAGCGCAUAUCAUAUUUGAAUGGAAUAGAAUGACUUCAUUGUCAUUGUACAACAAAAUUAAAUGCUUUCCCCAGCACAGAUUAAAAAAACAACACACCCAUCCCUCCACACUCCGUCCACCACUGCACAGCCCCCAGUGCCACAUCACUGCCAAACAAUGGAGUUCAAUAUCGUUACAGCUCUAGGAUAAAAGCUGUCUGUUUUAUCUGAAUAUUCCGGGUUAAAUGGGUCUUUCAGAAUGUUCUGAGCUUUCUUAAGGCUGUGGGUCUUCUAAGGUUCUUUCAAAGAGGGGAGAGGGGAGGAUCAAGUUAAUUAGGAUUGUUUUUCUUGUGGACCUUGAUAUAGUUUCAGAUUGAAGGUGACCCUAGAACCAAGGUUUGGGGUCAGGAGCUGGGUAACUGACCUCCAAGGGCCUCAUCCAGCCCCUGGGCCUUACUUUGGGGACCCCUGACCUAUAUAGUCAUGUAUAAGUCUAGAAAUCCUAGUCAAAAAAAUCAACUCCAAAAUCCUAGGUAUACUUUUGCUUUUAUGAUUGUAUUUCUUGGGCGUUAAAUUUUGCCAAUUUUUGUAAGCCGCCCUGAGUCCCCUUGGGUGAGAAGGGCGGGGUAUAAAUGUUGUAAAUAAAUAAAUAAAAUAAAUAUCCACAGGCCAA